UGUAUCAUCGGCAGUUUAACGGAAGUUUAUUUGGCAUUUAAUGUAAGUUAACUAUAUACCAGUUCAAAUAUGUUCCGAUCGAGUUGUCUAAUUUAACAACCGCAAGGCGGAAGCGGCAUCUCUUUAUAUCACACUAAAGGAUAACCAUCACCAUUGAAAUGAUCUAAUUCCACAUGAACAGGGACCAGGUGGCAAAGGCUGAUAUUAUUGAUCUGAGGACUGUUUCUGCAAGAAUGUCGUGGACCUGACAUUACUUUGACACAGAAACCCCGAGGACUGGUAGAAACUCUGAAAAUGACACGUGUGCCAGACACGAUUCCACAUUUUGGGCUGGUGGCAGGUGGGGUACUUCUGCUCUUCCUGAAGAACAGCCCUGCCAGAGCUGGCAAUGCUACGAUCACCACUGGUCCACUAAGAAACUCAAAUUCCACAAACUCCCCGGAUGUUGUGGCCAUUGUGGUUCCCACGGUGGUUUUGGGUCUACUAGCCGUCAUAACCGCAGUGUUGGUGUAUCUUUUCUGUGUGGUGCGGAAGAAGAGACAGACGGAGGGCACGUACCGCCCGAGCGCAGAGGAGCAGAGUGGAGUACGCAGCGUGGCAAUGCCCGACGUCCUCAAACUGCCCAAAGAGGAACGGCUGAUCUAAAACACUGGGAUUCUAAGCGCUGCCAGCCAGUGAUGUCCCUGUUUGCUUUCCACUGUGUCGGUAGCAGCUACUGGGUUACAGUGGAGUGCGACGGUGAACACCACAACGAGACAACUGUGCAUGGAUUAAGAAAUGGCGAUGUGAUGUCAUCAGACUGCUCACCGAUAAAGUGGAGAUGAACAGCUGCGGUAGAAGUGUACACUGUCGUCAUGCACCUCACAUGAUUUCCCAAGAGGCCACCUACAGAUGUGAUCUCACUCCUCAGUACAGCCUUACACAAAAAAGGAAGGAUCCAGGACCAACUUGUUUGGGCCAAAACCUCGUCACUUGACAGGAGGUGGAAAUCUGACAACAAGUGCAACACUGACCAGAACGAUAACAAAACACUUAACAGAAUGUACCCUAUGGGUAAAUUUAAGCUUGAAAGAGUGCAAGAGGGGAUUCUUGUGGGACCUAAGGGCCGAUACUUGGGAUUCUUGUGGCACUGACAAAACUAUUUAAAGUAGCUGUAGUAUCUGCUGCUAUAGUGAACUCUGAAAAUGCCUGCUUGAUGCAUGCACAACCUCAAAGCACAUCAAGUGUCGAUUAUAUGAUGACAUUUCAUGCUGGUUAUUGGGGAUAUGUGUUCAAUCUCAAAUUAGAGUUGUUGUCUCUUAGGCCUCCACUUUCUGUCAUGGGCUUGAUUGGGCCUGUUUAUUUACUGCAGUUUGACAUUACUGCGACUAUGAGUUGGAAACACUGGAACUAGAAUAAGAGUACACUACUAGGACAAGAGCAAAUGGUUCAAAGGUGGUUUUUUUAGAGAUGUGAUUGUUGUUUAAGUUAUAUAUGUGAUACUAACGGUCGUCAUAGUAAUGGGAAUCUCACUGGCAAGUUUUAUGCAUCAUUAUUUGAAUGCAGAAAUAUGAUUGUUUACACUUGAAUUGUUGUACCAUUCAUUUCAAUCAGGCAUUUCAUGAAGACAAUCAGUAUAUGCGCAAAAAUGUGCAGUUUACUUUUAAUACUAAAAUGACAUGGUUUAGGAAUAACUGUCACACUUUAAUUUAUUCAUCUGUAAUUAUAAUGUGGUCUCCAUGUAAUCUGUGAGUGUUAUAUUAAAAUAGUCAUUUUUAUCAAAAUAUGUUCCCAUUUACAGUAUGUUCAGCCAACUACUUUAUAAAUAGGACAUUUUAGUUUUUUUUUUUCUGUGGUUUUGGACCUUUGGGUGAUGUCUGGUUUGUUUGCUAAACAUCAUACAGCUUCUAAAUAUAUCUGUCAUGUCAGACCCGUCCUGUUAAUGACUGAUAGUGAGAUAUUUUUGUCUCUUCUGUUUUGUACUUUUGAGGAGUGCAGAACGUUUUAGUUAAUCAAGUGGGUAAUUGAUGUGAUCCAGAUCCUGCUUGGCGUUACUGGUGGGACAGCUAUAAUAUGCACCUAUGGUACCUUAAAAUAAAACAUCAACUUACAAUCAGAAUAUAUUAUAUAGCAACCCAGUGAUGUGAUGGAUCUACAUGAUAGAUGUUGUACAGCUCCAUCUAGUGGUGAGUUUAAGGAAUUUCAUCUCGGCUCCUAGUAACCUAUUAUACUAGAACUAAAAUAUGAAUUACUGUAUGAAUCUGUAAUCGGAUCUGUUCCGGUAGUUUAUGCAAAUAAUGUUCUUGGGUAAAUUGAAGUUGAUGAUUGCAACAGUUAGUGGAGAUACAGUUUUUCUUAGUCGCUUUGGUACAUUUCUCAAAUCAUCCUUAACAUUUUCAAAACAGGGCAUUUAUUGAAACAAUUCGUCUCCUUAGUAUUCAUUUUUAGCAGUUGAAUGUCUUUUUAGUUUUACAAGGCUCCAAGUGAACGUAGCGGGAUGCAGAAAAUCCUUUUAGAGACUGGACGGCGGCAACAAACACAAAAUGGGACAAUCUGAAUGCCACAUCAUUUCUUUGAUAACCAAGUAAUGUUAGCCAUUAGCAAUGGUCAUAGGCAUUUCAUUCAUUCAGAAAAGAACUUUGCUAUUAUUAUAUUAUAUUUGCGUUAUUUUGCAAGAUAUUUCUUACAACGCCCCUUCCAUUCUCAUUAAUGAGAUCCCUGUGGAUGAUUUUGAUGAAGGUAAGUAUUUGUGUUCUAUAAAGCCCAAUGGUAGAAAUAUGAUUGAACACAUUGUUCUCUUAUAUAGUAUCACACUGUUGCUGGAUUUCCCCCUCAUGCUGGCCUGGCACAUCCACUCUGGUAUGGUGGCCUAUUAGGUUUUACACUCAUUGUUUGCCUUUGAACAAUCUGAAUGACCUGUAACUUGGCAAACAUUCCAAAAAUACCACGUCACUGAAACUGAUGAAGCAUAUGGUUGACACAUAACUGGUUUAUGCCAUUUGCAUGUCAAGACUUACACAACAGAUACCUAAGAUUCUUUGGGGGGUGACACUAAACCGCAGACGAUUGUACAUACCCUUUUGCAUAAAUGUGCAAAGGCAUUUACAAAAUGUUCAAAAGAAUGAGAAAUUGCUGUUAUGGCGAAGUGAGAUGAUGAUGUGGAGGUAGAACAAACAGUUUUGAAAAUUUCUGUUCUGAUCUGAGGAAAAAUUGUAAUGGUGUAAUUAUAUUUAUUUUAUUAUAUAACUAAAUCAACAUAAAUAAAAACACGCAAAGCUUUGUU